GAUAUACAUCCUCACAUGAUUUUGAAAGCACACGCUGUGACAGUUCAGAAACCGAUUAUGGACGAGCACGUUGAUGAGUACAAAUUAUAUACGAUCCGAUGGUUAAUGUUAUUUUUGUUUGUACUUAAUGCCGUUGGAAGUUUGAUGCAAUGGAUUGAGUAUUCUAUAAUAGCAGAUUUACUGGUUAAGUACUAUGGUGUGAGUUACGAAGCUGCAAACUGGACGUCCAUGAUUUAUUUAUUAAUUUACAUACCAGUUGUGUUUUUAGCAAAUUAUGUGCUUUCAGUGUAUGGGUUGCGCGUAGGUGUCAUUUUUGGCAGUGUGGGCACGUGCUUAGGGGCGUGGAUAAAAUUAGCGUCUGCAAGCUCUGACAGAUUUUGGGUUUUAUUAUUGGGCCAAAGCGUGGCAGCGGUCUCACAGGUAUUCGUACUACCAACUCCACCACUGUUAGCCGCAACAUGGUUUGGAGCCAAUGAAGUAUCCAUGGCAUGUGGUAUUGGGCUUGCUGGUUGUCAGGUUGGAGUCGCUCUUGGUUUCGUCCUUCCAACGAUAAUAGUAAAACCGCAACAUGAUUUAAUGGACAUUGGAGCGGAUCUGUUUUGUAUGGCGUUAGCUGUGGCGAUUUUUUGCACUAUCAAUUCAGUUUUAACGUUGUGUUUCUUUACCGAUCAACCACCAAGUCCACCAUCAACAGCACGUUCGACAAAUUUAGUCACAGAGAAAACGUCCACAAAACAAUCGUUUGUCAAAUUAUUCACCAGUCGCUCUUAUGUAGUUCUUUUAUUGGUGUAUGGUGUCGACAUUGGUGUAUUUUUUGUAUUAUCGACUAUGCUGAACCAAGUUGUUUUGAAAUAUUAUCCGGAUGGAUCAGACGAUGCUGGAAGGAUUGGUUGCCUGAUCACCAUUGCUGGGACUAUUAUUUCCGUUGUGUACGGCAUUAUUUUGGACAGAUUUAAAUGGUACAGGCAAACACUGUUAGCUACACAACUGAUAUGUUCCUUAAUGAUGUUUAUGGUUACAUUCCUGCUUUAUCAGGGAAUAGUGUUCGUAUACAUCACUUAUAUUUUAUUAGGGGCAUUCUUAACAAGUGUUAUGGUUAUUGGUUAUGAAAUGGCAGCAGAAGUUACAUAUCCUGAACCAGAAGGAACGCCGGCGGGACUUCUAAACGCGUCUGCUCAAGGAUUUGGCAUAAUGUUCACUUAUUUAUAUUCCUUUUUGUUUUAUAAAUUGGAAGAUGUCUGGUCAAAUUUAAGUUUAUGUGUGAUAUUAUUGGUAGGAUUUGUUUUAUUGACAAUUUCGCCAUUCGAUUUGAAACGUCAAGCGAUUAAUUUAAGAAAGGUUCACGAUAAUCAGACAUUAUUACCGACCAACACUGUGUGUUGAAGUUUUAAAGUAUCUAAGUACUUUUAGUGUACUUAGGUACUUAGAUCUUUGAAUAUAAUAUAUUCAAAGCUUAAGAUAUAUUAAAGCAUUCUUUGUACCGUCA